AUAUAGAAUUGGAGAUAGCAAGCAAAGAUGCCCUCAAACCAAUCUUUCUUGUGGUUGAUUACAGCCCAUCACAUGCUUCACGCACGCCAAGUUUCCCCAAACGCUUCUCGCAGCCCCCGCCCCAACAAAAUAUGCUUUCUUAUUCCGAUCAACUCUAUCUGCAAUUCUAAAUUUGUUCUUCAAGCAUUGCUAUGAGUUGAUAGCUCUGCUUUGAGAAUCCAAGAAAUUCGUGAAAUUUUGAUUCUCUUCAAGAAUUGAGAGAUCCUUUUGAAUAUUGUUUAAGAAGUUAUGGAUACUUUGCUGAAAAUUCAUAAUAAGCUUGAAUUUUUGCACCCACUUCAUGGGUUUGCAAAUAAAGUUAGCGCCUCUGGUUCUUUGAAGCCUCAGAAUCAGGACAUUAGGUUUGGUUCGAAAAGCGUACAUAUAAAAUUGGGGAAAAGUGUUUGCGUUAACUCCAGUUCUAGUACCCUUUUGGAACUUGUGCCUGAAACGAAGAAGGAAAAUCUUGAAUUUGAGCUUCCCAUGUAUGAUCCUUCUAUGGGACUUGUGGUGGAUCUAGCUGUUGUAGGUGGCGGCCCCGCAGGACUAGCGGUCGCACAGCAAGUUUCAGAAGCUGGGCUAUCGGUUUGCUCGAUUGAUCCUUCACCUAAAUUGAUUUGGCCCAAUAAUUAUGGUGUUUGGGUUGAUGAAUUUGAGGCCAUGGAUUUGUUGGAUUGUCUUGACACCACCUGGUCGGGUGCUAUGGUUUUCAUUGACGACAAGACAACUAAAGAUCUUGAUAGACCUUAUGGGAGGGUAAACAGGAAGCAGCUAAAAUCGAAAAUGAUGCAGAAAUGCAUUUCGAAUGGUGUUAAAUUUCAUCAAGCCAAGGUUGUGAAAGUAAUUCACGAGGAAUCGAAAUCUUUGUUGAUAUGUAAUGAUGGUGUUACUAUUCAGGCUGCUGUGGUUCUUGAUGCAACUGGAUUUUCCAGAUGUCUUGUACAGUAUGAUAAGCCGUAUAAUCCGGGCUAUCAAGUAGCCUAUGGGAUUUUGGCAGAAGUGGAAGAACACCCUUUUGAUGUAAAUAAAAUGGUGUUCAUGGAUUGGCGCGACUCACACCUCGAGAAUAACAAAGAGCUGAAGGAGAGAAAUAGUAAGAUUCCAACUUUUCUCUAUGCAAUGCCAUUUUCAUCGAAAAGAAUAUUCCUUGAAGAAACAUCCCUUGUAGCUCGUCCUGGAGUACCUAUGGAUGAUAUUAAGGAAAGAAUGGUAGCACGGCUGAGUCACUUAGGUAUUAAAGUUAGAAGAAUUGAAGAGGAUGAGUAUUGUGUAAUUCCAAUGGGGGGCCCUCUUCCAGUGUUACCUCAAAGAGUUGUUGGGAUUGGUGGUACAGCUGGGAUGGUGCACCCAUCGACUGGAUAUAUGGUGGCAAGGACUCUGGCUGCUGCUCCAAUUGUCGCCAAUGCAAUAGUUCAAUACUUAGGCUCUGACAGAAGCCUUUUGGGUUCAGAAUUGUCUUCAGAAGUUUGGAAAGAUUUGUGGCCAAUAGAAAGGAGACGCCAAAGAGAGUUCUUUUGUUUUGGUAUGGAUAUUCUUCUCAAGCUUGAUUUACAAGCCACCCGAAGGUUUUUUAAUGCAUUUUUCGACUUGGAACCUCGUUAUUGGCAUGGAUUCUUGUCAUCUCGGCUAUUUCUUCCAGAUCUCAUACUUUUCGGACUCUCGCUUUUUGCUCAUGCCGACAAUACUUCUAGGAUAGAGAUCAUGGCAAAAGGAACCGUUCCUUUGGUAAAGAUGAUCAACAAUUUAGUACAGGAUAAAGAAUGAGAACCCCCAAUAUCCGUUCCCUGUAUGUCAACCCAGAGGUGCGGUAUCUGUUUAUUGUUUUGACCUUUUAAGUAAAUGCAAUAUGAGUUAGCUGCAUUUUAUUGCAUCUUUUUCGAGUUUCUGCAUUCUGAGUUAGGGAUUAAGUUGACUGAAAUUAUCAUUGUACAUAACUGCGGAACAAAUGAUGUCUUUCCAUGAAGUGUAAUUUUUUGUACCAGUUAAAUCCAUUGGUAUCAUUUCAAUAAGCUGUUAGUUUCAUUUUCUCUGCUAGCUAUGUCUACUGGAUUUUCGCUA